CUCUCUUUCGGGUGGUUAUAAAGGUAUCUAUGUCUACUAUACGCCUACAUUCCAGCAGAAAAUCCUCUUUUCAAGGCCUCCCAGAUAGGAUAAUCUCUUCAAUCAAUGAGUGUGGCUUAAAAAAUGGAACUGGUAUGGCCAAUAGGGUAUGGGCCUUGGACAAAAGCCAACCCUUUUCUCCAAAUGGGAUCUGGCGUGAUUUGUACAUAACCCUGCCUAGAUAAAAAACAUCUCCAUUCAUUUCAUGUCUUGGUUGAGCACCAACAAUAUCUUGAUCCUUUCUAGAGGAUUUCUCAAGAAGUGCUGAAUAGUAAUAUUGAAAACACAUUGUGAAUAUACUACUAGGCCCUAGGGUCUCCAAGGCAACUAUCCUUUUGACCUACACUUCGUCCUAGUCUACUUAAGAUGCUUCUUGCUCAGGUGGGUGAAACACUGUUUAUUACAAGACACCGAGUGCUCCACAGAUUGGCUCUAAACUCAACAAGUGACUUAGAUUGGGACGACCCUCUUUGGCAUGAUACUUCAAACAGAAUAUGCGAAUGGAUAGGUGCAUGAUAAUGGGUGUGUAAUGGUUGGUGACUCAGUUUGGAUGCCUCCAAAGCUCCAGACCUUAUCCUCUUAGGAAUAUAUUAUCCCACAAAAGGAUAAAGCCCAGGAAGCAUGUAAAAGAAACCGUAUUAAAACAACUAAACUAAUAUGCAUUUGUACUAGGAGAGUGAAGAGUAAACCUAGAUGGGCUCCCUGCAUAUAUAUGCCUUCCCUAAGUGGUCUUCAGUAAGUUCACAUAGAGUAAGAAUCCAGAGACCAUCUUCUUCAAUAAUCUGAGAAACACAAUGAGUGCUGGUAGAGAAAGAGUGUUUCGGGAUCAAACCUCAAUUGCAGUCCAUGUUAAGGAUGCCGUGCUUGAUCCUUGGAGCACCAAGAAGGGCAACUGUAAUAUCUGCAGUGCAGAAUCACCGACAUCCAGCAUUGGUGAUUCAACUAGCUCCAUUGGCUCAACAUCUUUAUCAGACUUGCAAGAUGAUGCAACAUCAUCAACGUCGUUGUUGUUGUCUUCAUCAUCCUCGCUUGUGAAUGGGCCUUUGUAUGAAUUAUCAGACCUGACGGCCAUACUCCCAAUCAAGAGAGGUCUAUCCAAGUACUUUCAAGGGAAGUCAAAGUCCUUUAUAUCUCUAUCAAAUGUGAGCUGUAUCGAACAUCUAGCGAAGAGAGAGACUCCUCUAAGAAGGAGAAUGAAGUCAUGUAAAAGCUAUGGAGGUGGUUUAGAUAUCCAUAAAUCAUCAUAUGCCCCUAAACCUAUCCUAUUAAAGAAGUCGGCAAAGGGUUCUUUUCCAUCUUUGCAAGCUAUAUAAGAGGGGGUUGCAGGCCACCUCCUGUUCCUGAACAUAAGAGCUUUUAAAUGGAAGUAAAAACCAUGAGGGUAUGAGAAUUGCAUUAGAGAAAAGUAUUUUUCUGUGGCUUUUGUAUCAGAAAGAGAAACAAUUCAAUGAAUUUGGUUUCUGGGUUCUGUUUGGC